ACCCCCGAAAGGGCAAACUACUCAAUAAAGUAUAAAAACCCUAAACCCCGCGCCAAAUGAUCCUACAUUCACCUAAAUUCCCAGAAUUUCAAAUUUCUCUCUCCUCCUCGCACCAAAAAUGAAAAUGAUGACCAGUACUAACCUGCACUAGAAACAGGAGAGAGAAACUAAGUAAGACAACCAUGGAAGAAGUAUCACAGGAAGAUUCAAAGGUAUUCAGCGUUCGAAUUGUUUCAAUCGACUAUUACAUGGCUCCUCCAAUUCCCGAUAUCUCCAUUUCUUACAGCAGUUUCCAAGGUGGAAGUGUGAAGGAGGUGCCUGUUAUAAGAAUCUUUGGCGCUACUCCUGGAGGUCAGAAGGCUUGUGUUCAUGUUCAUCGAGCUUUACCGUAUUUAUACGUUCCCUGCUCAGAUAUACCACUUCAAUUCAAUUCUGAAGGUAUUAUAAAUGAAAAUGCUAUAUCUCUUGCUGUUGAGAAAGCUUUGAAGCUCAAAGGCAAUGCUGGUUCUAAAAGGCAGCAUGUGCAUGGUUGCACUCUAGUCCGUGCAAAAAAGUUUUAUGGUUACCAUUCAUCAGAGGAGCUAUUUGUCAAGAUAUAUCUGUAUUACCCACAUGAUGUCUCUCGUGCUGCUAAUCUCCUGUUGAGUGGUGCAGUCUUUGAGAAGCGUUUACAGCCCUAUGAAUCUCAUAUUCCCUUCCUUCUGCAAUUUAUGGUUGACUACAACUUAUAUGGUAUGGGCCUUAUGCAUCUUGUGAAGAUGAAGUUUCGUCAUCCAGUGCCUGAUCUCUUUGCUGAGAAGGCUGAUCAUUUCAGUCCAGAAGGUUAUCUUUGCAAAUCUUCUGAUCCUCAGGCAGAUGCGACUGCUAGUUUACACCCAUUUCCACUCGCUUGGAGGUCUUCAACAAUUCCAGAUGAAUGGAUGUGGCAACACCCUUCCGUACAUGGUGCUUCAUCAAGUCAUGUGAAACGUCAAAGUACUUGUGAACUCGAGGGGGAUACCACCAUAGAAGACAUAUUGAAUCAGCAGCUGAAAAUGUACACAUCCCUCUCACAAACUCGUUCAGAUGUGAGAAUGGUCCAGUCACUUGUGCCUAUAUGGGAGGAAGAGUUUGAAAGGAGUGGAGUGCACGAGGCAGAGAUACUGGCUGAUCCUGGCAGGCCUUCUCCUCAAGAUGUUUUGAGGACCAUGUCAAAUGGUGUUGAGCAUGUGGACAACCUAAAGGGGUUAUAUAGCAAAGAAGAAAGCUCUUUGUUUGCUACAUCUGAAGAUGUAAAAUCUAUGGUGUCGACACAAUGUCCAAUAGAAGAGGGGAGUUUGGUGGGAAUAGGAAACCAAAGCUCAAAUGGUCUGGAAUUGAGGUCUGCUGAAGACAUAAACAUAGUGAAUUAUAUGGUACCACAGAAUCCAGAGCCUACUGACACUGUCAGUGCAUUACCUGGUGAUGCAGAAGAGUUGGAUGAAGUAGAUAUUUGUCAGGUGACUGAAGGAGUGGAUGGAAAGGGUGCAGAUCUAGAGGACGUGGCACUUUUAAAGUGGCUUGCUUCCUCACAGGCUGUGGAGGAUAUAAACUCAGAUGACGAGCUUCACCGGGAGACCAUUUUAAGUCCUAUGUUGCCAGAACCCAUUGAUAAAGUAUUGGAGAAAGCUAAUGCAGAUUAUGAGAAUGAAUCCCAGCAAGAGUGUCAGGAUAUACUUGAUUCAAUUGUAGAUGUGUUAAAUUCUGACGUGAAAAAAGCUACGACUUCUUCUACUGGUCGGGAGUCAUCAGACACAAAAAUUCCCCAGAUGGAUGGUGCUGGAGAUGAGCAGCAAUUGACUCCUGCUGCUAAUUCACCUGAAAAUAUGGGCACGGAAUUGGUGUCUACCGAGCACCAUAGUUUUCCCCAUUGCAGCUCAAGCUUCAAUAACAAGCAAAAGAGGCACAAAUCACAGUGGGGCUCUUUGCCUUUUCCUGAAGUCCAGCAAAGUACCCGUGAUAUUGAUUCAGACCCUUCAACUAAGAAUGCAGAUAAAAGUAGCUACUGUGCAGUUGACUCGAGAACACUACGUAGUUGUUCUGUACGAGACUUGAUGAGGAAAAAGCGAUGCUUUCGGGUUGAAUCUUCUGAACCUGGAUACCGUGAGGUGGAAGAAGGUUCUGCAAAGGGAAGAGAUGCUUUUCAACCAAAAAAAUUGGAGUUUCAUCUAGAGCCAUCGGAGGAGGAAAACUUUCAAGCUGUUGAGUUUUCUACCUCUAGUCAUGUACAGAUAGGUGAACGAACAGAAGCAUGUAGGGUUAGACAAUCUGCCUCUACUCAUGAUUCUGGUGUAAAAGAGAAGCAAGAUUAUGUGAAUUCUUCUGUAAUUUGCAAAGAAGAGCCUGAUGUUGGUAUGCCUGAAAUAGAAAGGUCACACCCUGCAAAUAGAUCAGAGAAGUUAACUAAUAAGACAUUGCUAAAGUCGACUGAUUAUGACGACAUGAUCGUUGAUGAAUUGAGACAAAAUGUCCCUGGUCCCGCAAGGUGCUUAGAUAGUUGUGAAGCAAGGGAAAAGACAGAGAUAUGUGUGGAAGGUGAUUUUGCUGGUGAAUUUGGAGACAGCCCUGGUAUUUGUGCACAAUUAGUGAGUAAUAAGGUCUCUGAAAAUGUAGAGGGGAUUGAUUGUCCAGCUGAUCCACAAUAUGCUAAAGUUGGCUGUUUAGAACAGUAUGCAUGUAGCUCUGUGGGACCUGCAUCUGCCUUUAGCCGCAUGGAAGAGAAAGGGCCUACAAGAUAUAUCAGCAUGACCUUCCACAAGAAACCUCCCAUAGCUAGUUGGAAGGAUUUUACAUUCCAAAAUUCAGCACCAAUUCCUGCUCACUCCCACAGGUGCUCCCUUAAGGAUGACAUUGACGAAGAAGGAACAUCAGUGCAGAGUGGAAGUCCAGAAGAUGUUCACCCAUUCUUUACAGACUCCUGUGUAGAUGUUCUGGAGAAACCACUGGGCUAUGUUGACUUCUGUCAGGAUGCUCUCAUGGGAGUACCAACUCAUUAUCAAAAUGAUGGCUCUUGUGCUUAUUUGUUGACACCGGCAGUUUCACCCCCUUCUACAGAUUCUGUUCUCAAAUGGCUAGCGCUUGAAGAAAAAGAACAUGUGCGUGCAAAGCCCUCACCUGAUUCUUCAAACUUGUCUCCUUUGGGGGCGAUGAGUGACGGGCUUGAUGGAGAAAAUCACAGAAAUAUAGAUAUUGAAGGAGGCCAAAAUAAUGAAAAGCUAGCACCGUGUCUUGAUGAAGGGAGUCCUAUGAACGAGAACAAACUUACAAAAUUGUCACAAGAAAUCUCUCAGAUUUCAGGACCCAGUGGGCAGUCAAAGCCUACUCCUCUCAGUCAAAUUGGUUUUAAAGACCCUGCCAGUGUUGGUGCUGGCCAACAGCUGACUCUGUUGAGUAUAGAGGUCCAAGCAGAAUCGAGAGGAGAUCUUCGACCUGAUCCGCAGCAUGAUACCAUAAACAUCAUUGCUAUUGCAGUCCAGAAUGAUAGUUGUCCGUCUGUUGACAUCUAUGUGCUUCUGCGUGGUGCAACUAAAGAUUGUGGAAGAAACUUAGAUGGAAUAACCAGAUGCAGGAUGCUUGUUUACCCUGAAGAGAGGGAAUUGUUAGGCAAAUUUAUAAGCAUAAUAUGCUCAUUUGAUCCAGAUAUUUUAAUGGGAUGGGAUAUUCAAGGCAGCUCACUUGGAUAUUUAGCCGAAAGGGCUUCUCAUUUAGGUGUUAGCUUAGUCAAUAAAAUCUCUCGGAUACCUGCACAAACGAAGGCAGUCGAGAAAAACUUAAAUAUUUAUGACCAGAAAAAUGCUGAUGAGGUCUCUACUGACUCUCUGGUAUCUGAUACUGUUCCUCAUGACAAUUCAAUAAUCGAGGAUGAAUGGGGCAGAACCCAUGCAAGUGGUGUCCAUGUAACUGGAAGAAUAGUCCUAAAUGUUUGGAGACUCGCACGUAAUGAAGUUAAAUUGAAUAUGUAUUCCCUAGAGGCAGUGGCUGAAGCUGUUUUAAGGCGAAAAAUUCCAUCAAUUCAUUGGAAGAUGUUGAACAAAUGGUUCUCAAGUGGUCCAGGGAAAGCAAGAUUCCGAUGCAUUGAGUAUUUAGUGGAGAGGGCAAAAUUGAACAUUGAUAUUGUGAACCAACUUGAUAUGAUAAACCGAACAUCAGAGCUAGCUCGUGUUUUUGGGAUCGACUUUUUUUCUGUUUUGUCUCGUGGCUCUCAGUAUCGUGUUGAAUCCAUGCUUGUAAGAUUGGCACAUACACAGAACUAUGUCCUUAUUUCUCCAGGGCAUCAACAGGUAGCCUCUCAACCUGCGAUGGAGUGCAUACCUCUUGUAAUGGAGCCUGAAUCUGGCUUCUAUUCAGAUCCAGUUGUUGUUUUGGAUUUUCAGUCACUCUAUCCUUCCAUGAUAAUUGCGUACAACCUCUGCUUUUCUACCUGCCUUGGCAAUGUUGUCCGGGCCAAAGCAGAUAUUCUUGGGGUUACCUCUUACUCACCAGAUUUGCAUAUUCUGGAGGAUCUAAAUUUACAGAUACUGAUUACUCCAAACGGUGUAAUGUAUGUACCUUCUAAGGUGCGUAAAGGUGUUCUACCUCGACUUUUGGAGGAAAUAUUAUCAACCAGGGUUAUGGUGAAGGAAGCAAUGAAGACGUUGACGCCUUCACAGCAAAUCCUUCAGAGGAUUUUUAAUGCUAGACAGCUUGCUCUAAAGCUGAUAGCAAAUGUAACCUAUGGAUACACAGCUGCUGGAUUUAGUGGUCGCAUGCCUUGUGCAGAGCUAGCAGACAGCAUAGUUCAGUGCGGUCGUAGAACACUUGAACAUGCUAUCUCAUUUGUCAACACUCAUGAUCAAUGGAAUGGUAGAGUUAUCUAUGGUGAUACUGAUAGCAUGUUUGUUCUGCUUAAAGGACGUAGCUUGAAAGAGGCUUUUCAGAUUGGAAAUGAGAUAGCUUCAACAAUUACAGCGAUGAAUCCAAAUCCAGUCAAAUUGAAGAUGGAGAAGGUCUAUCAGUCCUGCUUUCUUCUUACUAAAAAGCGAUAUGUAGGAUAUAGUUAUGAGAGCCUCAAUCAACUCGAACCUAUAUUUGAUGCUAAGGGAAUCGAAACUGUUCGCAGAGACACAUGUCCUGCUGUUGCAAAGAUCCUGGAGAAGUCAUUGAGAACCUUCUUUGAACAACAGGACAUUUCCAAGGUUAGAGCUUAUCUACAACGCCAAUGGUCCAGAAUCCUCUCUGGAAGGGUGUCAAUUCAAGAUUUUGUUUUUGCAAAAGAGGUCAGGUUGGGCACCUACAGCACACGGACUUCAUCAUCACUGCCUCCAGCAGCAAUUGUUGCUUCUAAAGCAAUGAGAGUGGAUCCAAGGGCAGAACCUCGAUAUGCUGAGCGUGUGCCUUAUGUUGUGGUGCAUGGAGAGCCUGGUGCUCGUUUGUUUGACUUGGUUGUUGACCCACAGGAUCUCCUGUCCAUUGAUUCUCCAUACAGAUUGAAUGAUUUGUAUUACAUCACAAAACAGAUAAUACCAGCUUUACAGCGUGUAUUUGGGCUUGUCGGUGCUGAUUUAAGCCAGUGGUUCCAGGAGAUGCCUCGUCCAGUUAGGGAUCCUCCUACAAAGAAACACUUUGCUGCAAAUUCACUCCGAACUAGAAUCGAUUAUUACUAUUCCUCAAAACAUUGUGUCCUCUGUGGAGAACUUGUCCAACAAGCAUCUAACCAUCUUUGUGACAAAUGUCAUAAGAAUGGCCACGUUACUGCUGCAGCUAUGACGGGAAGAACCGCAAAGUUGGAGAGAGAUAUCCAACACCUUGUUGCUAUUUGUCGGCAUUGCGGAGGUGGAGAUUGGCUGGUGGAAAGUGGUGUCAAGUGUACAUCAUUGGCAUGCUCGGUAUAUUAUGAGAGGCGAAAAGUUCAGAAAGAACUGCUGGCUUUCUCUAAUAUUGCAACUGAAGCAGGAUUCUAUCCUAGGUGUAUGGCAGAGUGGUUUUAAACCAGCUCGGUUUUUUUCUGAAAGGAUACCGCGUUGUAAUCGAGUGGGAUAAGAGAUGCUUGCCAUGUCUAGGUUCAAGAGGUAGGAGUGUCUUCACCUUCCCUUUUCCCCUGAAUGUGAAUGUGUAAUUUAUUUAAUACAUGAGCUCAACAGGGUUCCAAUGUUAUUGGCCCUAGUGUCCUUUUUUUUGUACAGAUAUUGUAGCCUGUAGUCACAUCACCCUGGUGUAUAAAUAUAAUUAUAGAAUGUUGUCAAUGUAUCUAAUGUAAGAUUGAUGGAAGCCUGUUUUCUGUAAGCAUUAGAAAUUGGGCAUAUGUAUUAAUGUAUAGAUGUCAAUUGUAUGUCUCAAAUGUUAAACUAAUGACUGUCCCGUUGCUUAGUUUUUCGCUCUUCAUGUUGGUUAUUCUUUUUCUAUUUCCUUGUUGAGGAUACACUAAUUGUAUAAGGCAUCUCAUGUGCUUUUUCCACCAAUACUUCUUUUGUUUU